AUGGGGGCCUCGGACCCGGAAGUGGCGCCCUGGGCUCGCGGCGGCGGUGCCGCGGGGAUGGCGGGAGCCGGAGCCGGAGCCGGAGCUCGCGGCGGGGCGGCGGCGGGGGUCGAGGCCCGGGCUCGCGACCCUCCUCCCGCGCACCGCGCGCACCCGCGUCACCCGCGGCCUGCGGCGCAGCCCUCGGCCCGCAGGAUGGACGGCGGCCCUGGCGGUGGCCCCGGGGGCCUGGGCUCCGGGGACAACGCCCCGACCACCGAGGCGCUCUUCGUGGCGCUGGGCGCGGGCGUGACGGCGCUCAGCCACCCGCUGCUCUACGUGAAGCUGCUGAUCCAGGUGGGUCAUGAGCCGAUGCCGCCCACCCUUGGGACCAACGUACUAGGGAGGAAGGUCCUCUACCUGCCAAGCUUCUUCACCUACGCCAAGUACAUUGUGCAGGUGGAUGGGAAGAUAGGGCUGUUCCGGGGCCUGAGUCCCCGCCUGAUGUCCAACGCCCUGUCCACUGUGACCCGGGGCAGCAUGAAGAAGGUUUUCCCUCCAGAUGAGAUCGAGCAGGUUUCCAACAAGGAUGACAUGAAGACAUCUCUGAAGAAAGUUGUGAAGGAGACGUCCUACGAGAUGAUGAUGCAGUGCGUGUCCCGCAUGCUAGCCCACCCCUUGCAUGUCAUCUCAAUGCGCUGCAUGGUCCAGUUUGUGGGACGGGAGGCCAAGUACAGCGGUGUGCUGAGCUCCAUUGGAAAGAUCUUCAAGGAGGAGGGCCUGCUGGGGUUCUUCGUCGGCUUAAUCCCUCACCUCCUGGGAGAUGUGGUUUUCUUGUGGGGCUGUAACCUGCUGGCCCACUUCAUCAAUGCCUACCUGGUGGAUGACAGCGUGAGUGACACCCCAGGGGGGCUGGGGAACGACCAGAAUCCAGGUUCCCAGUUCAGCCAAGCCCUGGCCAUCCGGAGCUACACCAAGUUUGUGAUGGGGAUUGCGGUGAGCAUGCUGACCUACCCCUUCCUGCUCGUUGGCGAUCUCAUGGCUGUGAACAACUGUGGGCUGCAGGCAGGGCUCCCCCCGUACUCCCCAGUGUUCAAGUCCUGGAUUCACUGCUGGAGGUACCUGAGUGUGCAGGGCCAGCUCUUCCGCGGCUCCAGCUUGCUUUUCCGCCGGGUGUCAUCAGGGUCAUGCUUUGCCCUGGAGUAACCUGUCACCUGACCAAACACAGGGUCUCAUCCCGGCCCCAGCUGAGGCCCCAUCAUCUCAGAUGCCUGAAGGCCUUGUGUCCAUAUUCACCAUGUGUCUGUCCUGGUGUGGGGCUGGUGGGGGCGGUUGGGCCUUAGGGGUGGUGGGAGGAAGGGUGGGGUGGACCCCCAUCCCUUUCCAGGUGUGCGGAGACUACGAUGUGCAAGGUCAGGGACAGGCUUGGGAGGCCAAGGGUUGGAUCCCUGUCCCUCCAGCCACACUCUUCGUCCCGCCACUCAGCUGAGAGCGUCCCGCUCCUGCUCUGUAAACACGGUGCCGUCAUGUCUUGGCCUGUGCUGGAAAGCUGGCGCUGGGUUCUGCCUUCGUUUUCUUCAACACCACUUUUUUGACACAAGAGCAAUUCCUUGUUGAUCGGAAAAUCAUGUGACUCCUCAGAAUGUGUCGCCCUCCUCUUCCGCUUGCCUGUGUCAUGGUGGAACCUGGGCCAUGCGGGAUCUGUCACCUGUGUGCUGUGAAUACACGGAAGUUAGGUCAGUGUCUGGUCCUCCCUCCCAUUGUAAAAGUUCAUGGUAAGAUUUGACUCCAUAUUCUCUAAUAAAAUGUAUCAGUGGUGAUUUCGA